CAAAGGUCUCUUCAAACGCAGCGGCGAUAUCAAUGUCCAUAGGCGCUCAAAAGGGGAGAGCUCUUGGCUGUACCUUCAAUUUACACCGCAUGACCAGUACUCUAAUCCACGGCCGACUUUUGAUCUCAUCGUCAAGGCAAUCAGAGGUGUUCCGAAUCCAUGGAAUAUCAAAGGCGAUCCUCCUUUCCUUGCGCCGCCAGGAUCAUCAGCGGUAGCCACUACAAUGCGUGAUUGGUUGCACAUCUGUGACACCACUCAUACAAAAUGCAAGACCCCGUACGAACCUACGCUACCCACUCGAGUACUUGACAUCGGAGAGGUGGGUACAACUGUUGCCAAACUUGUCGAGACUGGAGGUGCAAAGGGACGGUAUAUCUGCCUGAGCUACUGCUGGGGAUCAACGCCCUUCACCAAGACGACACAGGCGAACAUCGAGUCUCACAAGGCAGGCAUCCGAGUCAGUACCAUGUGUCAGACCUUUCAGGAUGUUAUAAAGGUGGUUCAGCAGCUCAAUAUCCGCUACAUCUGGAUCGACGCGCUGUGCAUAAUCCAGGAGGACGCCGCAGACUGGGACAGGGAGGCGGCACGCAUGGCGCCUUACUACAGCAACGCAUACUUGACCAUCGCCGCGAGCUGGGCUCAGUCCGCAACGCUCGGUCUUUUCCCACCUGCACCCAAAACGGCGCGAAUCGGGCCUCUCGAAGUCUUCUCUUCAACAAGGCACUUCCCACAGUUGGUUGACGAUCUAGAGCACCGCCUGCCUGGCUCAGAUGCAAUGGCCUUCCCAAUGCUGACUCGGGGGUGGUGUUUCCAAGAGAGACUCCUGAGCCCUCGUGUCUUGCACUUUGCACAGCAUGAGCUGAUUUGGGAAUGCAGAGAGUCUCUUACUUGCGAAUGCGGCCAGGUUGGUUAUGCUUACAACCACACGCCCAAGCCCGAGUUCUUCGACGGCAUCUCCAACAUAUCGACCAAGCUUGAGAGGAACUCCGAUGACAGCUGGCGAAGGCUCGUGGCCGAGUACACGGCGCUCAGCCUCACCCUUGUCGAUGACCGCCUGCCUGCGCUCGGUGGGUUGGCUGAUGAGAUGAUCAGAAGCUACAGUCUCCAGGGUCUAUCCAGGACGUAUGUAGCAGGUCUCUGGGUCGAAUGCCUACUCGGUGACCUGUGCUGGAAGCGAGAGGCAGGGCAGCGAUGUAAUCCCCGCGACCCAGCCUCGCCAGACCCCCUGCCAUACCGCGCACCGUCAUGGUCGUGGGCAUCGAUCGAUGGCCACGUUGACUACAGCGACAAGCUCAGCUACGGCGGCUAUCGCAACGAACCUGGGUACCGCAAUAUCGAGUACGCGACUGUGCUCGGCGCCCAUUGCACCCCGGCGGGCGCCUCAAAGACUGGCCGCGUGACAGAUGGUCAUAUUGACCUGGAGUGCUUCCUCGUCCCAGCUGUGUUGAAGGAGCUGGAUGAACCAGAUUGGGAGGGGAGAACCCUGGGCUACGAACCUCUGCAGACCGCGUACAUGAACUUGCAGUGGUAUUCGGACGGGCGGGCCCGGGUUGAGCCAGGAGCGGAGGGGAGAUACUUUGUCCUGCCUCUGGUCACGAUCGACACGAGCUCAUAUGAGACAUUUCACGGGAUACUCGUGCAGAGUCAGAGUGGGGUCUUGGUUCAAGAGAAGGACGAGCGUCCCGUGAUGGUCAGAAUUGGAUUUGUGACAAAGAGAUAUGAAAGGUGGUCGACGACGAUGAAAGACCUCUCAAGGAGGAAAGUCCGGCUUGUUUAGGAGGCUGUCGUUGGUGCCACAGCCUGCCGUCACCCACGUAUUGCAGGGUAGCGUCCAGGGACCUUGUAGAUUACGCUAGCCAGCAUCGUUUGAAAACGAGGCCUACUGUGACGACCCGACCAACAGGUCGCAAGAUCGGGCCAAGGACAAGGGCAGGUCAUGCACGCGGGGCGGACACACCCCUGGUUACGUAAGC